GCUCCGGCUCUGGCUCCGGCGUUCUCGUCUCCCCGCGGCUGCGACGUGGUGUCCGGGCGGCCGCGCACCAUGUGGCUGGCGCUGGCGGCGCUGCUGGCGGCGGCGGCCGAGGCCGAGGCGCAGUACGAGCGCUACAGCUUCCGCAGCUUCCCGCGGGACGAGCUCAUGCCGCUCGAGUCCGCCUACCGCUACGGCCUGGACCAGUACAGCACCGAGAACUGGCCCGAGAGCGUCAACUACCUGGAGGUCAGCAUGCGGCUCUACCGCCUGCUGCGGGACAGCGAGGCCUUCUGCCACCGCAACUGCAGCACCGCCGGGCAGCCCCCCGCCACCACCGCCGCUGCCGCCGGCCCUGCCAGCGGGGGAGAGCUGGCCGAGCUGCGCAUCCUGGCCGGGGUGCUGCGCCGGGCCCAGUGCCUGCGCCGCUGCAAGCAGGGGCUGCCCGCCUUCCGACAGGCCCAGCCCGGCCGGGAGCUGCUCGAGGAGUUCCAGCGCCGUGAGCCCUACAAGUACCUGCAGUUUGCCUACUUCAAGGCUAAUAAUCUUCCAAAAGCUAUUGCAGCAGCUCACACGUUUCUUCUGAAGCAUCCAGAUGAUGAAAUGAUGCAAAGAAAUAUGGCCUACUAUAAGACCAUACCUGAUGCUGAGGACCAUAUUAAAGACUUGGAGACAAAACCUUAUGAGAAUCUCUUUGUCAGGGCUGUGAGAGCAUACAAUGGUGACAACUGGAGAACGUCUAUCUCGGACAUGGAACUGGCUCUUCCCGAUUUCUUCAAAGCCUAUGACGAUUGUGUAGCAGCCUGUGAAGGCUCCCGAGAGAUCAAAGAUUUUAAAGACUUCUAUCUUUCCAUUGCAGAUCAUUAUAUUGAAGUCCUUGCAUGCAAAGUGCAGUGUGAGAGUAAUCUGACACCCAUUAUAGGAGGCUUUGUUGUUGAGAAGUUUGUGGCUACCAUGUACCACUACUUGCAGUUUGCUUAUUAUAAAUUGAAUGACAUGAAGAAUGCAGCAUCUUGUGCUGCUAGUUACCUUCUGUUUGACCAGAAAGAUGAAGUAAUGAAACAGAACAUGGUCUAUUAUCAGUACCACAAAGACAAAUGGGGGCUUAAAGAAGAGGAUUUUCAGCCCAGAUCGGAGGCAGUUCGAUACCACAACAUAACCACGCUGCAGUUGGAAAUGUAUGACUUUGCAAAGGAGCAUCUGAUGGAUGAUGAUGAGGGUGAAGUUGUGGAAUUCCUUGAUGACCUGCUAGAAGUGGAGGAGAAGAAGGAAUCCUCGUGAGGGAAAUCACCCAAGAGUAUUUUACAGAAGUGAAGACUCACCAUUUCUCCUUACUAUUGUUUUUGGUCACCUGUAGUUCCAGUUAGAUAUACCUCAAAGUUGCUCCUUUAAACUCCACGUUUUGUUACAAGAUCCACUCCUGAAGGGUCCCUUCCAUGCUGCACUGACACUUCCAUGAGCAUGGCUUUUCACUCUGCAUUUGCAGAACUGGUGCACAUGGGUUUUCCUUUUGAGCUUUCUUUCCUUUACACAAACACAACCAAACAGACUGUAUUUUCUGGGUUAACACUAAGGUUAAAUUAUAGCAGUAGAGCUAAAUUCCAAAGAACUUUUGUCAGACUAUGAGCCACAGAAGACAUAACAGUUCCUCUGGACUUUGAGCUAUGUAAUGUAUUAUUUAUAUAUCUCUUUUUUUUUAUUAUGAUGAUGAAUAAAGGGAUACAGAAUCUCAGAAAGAUGUUAAGAUACAUUUAAGUAGCUGAAGUGGGAUGAUUUCCCAACCCCUACCAUUCUUUGAUUCUGUGAUAACAGAGCGAACUAGUGAGCUUGUAAAACUUGCUUUAAGAAUCCUGUAAGCAGUGUUCAUCCUCCGUAAAAACUCAGUUCACUUCCAUGAUGUGAAGCUGAGGUCAUUUAUAACUGAAUAAUAAAGAAUUCCUUCUUCCUCCCAA